GCUGGCGUGGGAAAGGGACCAGCCGCUGACACAACAGCUCCAGGUUGUGGUUUGGACAGGUGACCUGGCACACUCAGCCAUAAAAGCCAGUGUUCAGGCCUGCCAGGUUCACACUGUUGGUCAGGAUGAGGGGGCUGAUCGCAAUCACUGCGCUGUUUGUGGCCGUUCUCGGCAAGGAGACGUUUGAGGGGCAUCAGGUGCUUCGCAUUGUAGCAAAGGAUGAAACCCAGCUGGCUCUUAUCAAGAAUCUGGAGGACAUGGUCCAGUUUGAGCUGGACGUCUGGAGGGGAGUGACUGAUGUGUCCACUCCUGUGGAUAUCAGAGUUCCCUUCCACAGCCUGCAGUCCGUCAAAAUUCACCUGGAGAGUCAGGACAUUGAGUACUCCAUCAUGAUCGAAGACCUUCAGGUGAUGCUUGAUGAGGAGCAGCAGGAGAUGGAGUCUGCUGCUCGUAUCGCUGAGCCCAGAAACACGGACAGCUUCGACUUCUCCAGGUACCACACCAUCAGCGAGAUCUACAGUUUCCAGGACAUGCUGGUGGCUGAGAAUCCCAACAUGGUCAGCAAGAUUGUGAUUGGUCAGAGCUACGAGGGUCGCCCCCUGAAUGUGCUCAAGUUCAGCACCGGUGGAUCCAACCGUCCCGCCAUCUGGAUCGACACUGGAAUCCAUUCCAGAGAGUGGGUCACGCAGGCCAGUGGCACCUGGUUUGCCAAAAAGAUUGUGACUGAUUAUGGACGUGACCCCGCCAUCACCGCCAUCCUCAACAAGAUGGACAUCUUCCUGGAGAUGGUGACCAACCCCGAUGGCUACUACUUCACUCACAACAAUAACCGUAUGUGGCGCAAGACCAGGAAGCCCAACUCUGGCUCUAGCUGUGUGGGAGUCGAUCCCAACAGGAACUGGGAUGCUGCUUUUGGAGCACCUGGUGCCAGCAACAACCCCUGCUCAGAGACCUACCAUGGACCCAGAGCCCACUCUGAGUCUGAGGUCAAGUCCAUUGUGGACUUUGUGAAGUCCCACGGUAACUUGAAGGCCUUUGUCUCCAUCCAUUCCUACUCCCAGAUGCUCUUGUACCCCUACGGCUACACCGAGACUCCGUGCAAGGACCAGGCCGAGCUGCACAGUCUGGCUAAGAAGGCUAUCACUGACCUGGCCUCCCUGUACGGUACUAGCUACAGAUACGGCAGCAUCAUCAACACCAUAUACCAAGCUAGUGGUAACACCAUAGACUGGACCUACGACCAGGGCAUCAAGUACUCCUACACCUUUGAGCUGAGGGACACCGGUCGUUAUGGCUUCAUCCUGCCAGCCAAUCAGAUCAUCCCCACCGCCACGGAGACUUGGCUGGCUCUGAUGGCGAUCAUGGAUCACACCGCCAAGAACACCUACUAAUGUCUCUGUCUGUGUGUGUACAAGUGAAAGUCUCUGUGGAGAGGACAUUGUUGGCAAAUGUAAUAAAAUGUCAUCUUUAAGACUAAUACCACGUCGUCAUUAGCAUACCUGAUUACUCUUUGGAUAUGGUCAAAACCACAAACAGGAAAAUAAAUGAGCAUACUGGAAAA